AUAUCCAAAACAAAAACACCAAGCGACGCGUAAUUUGUGGUGUACUCCAAACGAUUUCUUGUUUUCUUUAAAUUUUGAAUUUACAUUUCUUCUAAUAAGUUUCUGCCGAUUUUGUUAUUCAUAAUGUCUAAACCGGGCGAGAAGGCUCUGCAGGCGAUGAAGGAGUUGGACAAAACAGUAGCAGUGUUCAAGAAACCAGCGGUUCCAAAAACCAAGAAAGAGAAGAAAAUCAUUCUGAACGAGGAAACUUAUCUGGAGGAAAUGGCCAAAAUCAUCCAGCGUGAUUUCUUCCCGGACCUAAAAAAGCUAAAGGCACAGAACGAGUACUUGGACGCUCUGGCAAGUAACGAUAUCGUAAAGUUACGGCAAAUUUUCUCCAAAUACAACUCAAAAUCACCUUUGAUUCGAGAACCAAGUCCUGCUACCUUUGAAACGCCUCUGCCAAGCGCUUCCCUGGCACCCGAUGAGCCCCCAUCGGUUCGAUCAACCACCAGCUCUACAAGUUCAACAAAAAGCAGUAAAUCUAUAGCCGACAGACACUCGCUGGAUUCAUUCCUGUUCAACUACACCAGCGAGGAUAAUGAUAGCUUUCAGGAAAUAAUGGAAGCAGCUGACAAGAAGCUUCGGCAAAAGUUUGCUAUUCUUUACGAUGCUGAGGGAACGAGUCGGGCAAAUCUUGGAAAGCAGUUGGCCCUCCCCAGUAUCGAAAGCCAAUUCGAUAAAAAGGAUAAACCCAAGGAGCUGGAUAUGUGGACCUACAAGAACAAGAACUACAUCAUGUACAUCCCGGACGGAGUGGCCUUGAGUCGAGAAGAGGAGAUCGAAUUGGCCAACAAAAAGCAGGAAAUCGAACACGGCAAUACUCGACUAAAGGCGAAUCCUUUCAACGAGAAUGAAAGCAAACAAGCUAUCACCGAAGCGGCCAAAUCGCAAGCCAAGUGCCUUCCAGAAAAGAUUGGCGUCGAUGGGAAACUGAUCGAAGCGUCGCUGACGCCGGCCGUCCGUGGAUUCAGUUUCGUCAAAAGUCCCUCGCCUUGCCCCGGAGUAACGGACAGUCCACUGUUCACGUGGGGUGAAAUCGAAGGAACGCCCUUUCGAUUAGAUGGCGGGGACACUCCUCUGCAUCCGGCUUCAGCAGGUCCAUCAUUCCGCAUAGCGGAAACAUCAAAGCGCGAAACCAUCGCCCUUCAGCUAGCGGAAAAAGCCGCCGAACAGUCCCGUUCGAAAAAGGCAAAGGCAAUCGAAGCCGCCCGACGGAAUAUCGCCUCUCCGAUGAUUCGGAAUACGUUCGAUCGUCUGGCCAGUAUGUCUCCGGCAGCUCGACGACUUGCCACCAACAAGCUGGGAUUCAUCAACACUCCCAGUCCAAUGAGGACACCGACUGGCUCUAUCGGUCUGCCAACGCCAAGACUGCGGUCACAACAAUCUCGCAAAUCCAAUACAAGGCCAACGCCAUCUCCUGUGGGCGCGUUGCGGAGAAAAACGCCUAUGGUGGUUACGAAGGCGACUGGAAGCAGCAGUAGCAGCGGCAUGAGUAUUGAAUCUUCAAGUGGUCUGGAUACUUUGACCGACAACCUUUUGGAUAUUCCUUCGGCGGGUAAACGACCAAAAGCUGCCGAUUUCUUUUGAGGUAAUUUUUGGAUUUUUGUUUCCGUAUGGAUGGAAACAGUUAAGACUAACGAGGUGGAAUAACAACAUUAUUUAUAAUACAAGCCAAUAGGACAAUA